UCAAAGUCAAUAACCUUAAAUUUGUAUUAUUGUAUAUGUAUCAAAUUAUCCCUGUAUUUACUAUUUUCUGAAAAUAAUAAUGUUAUUAAUGCAUUGUUGUUAAAUAUCAAAACCGGUAUUAAAUACUCUAUAAAAAUGGACGGUCCACCAGGCACGAGUACAACUAAUACUAGUGGUUCAAUGGUAGCGCCACCGGGAAUGCCAAGCUAUCCCCCAAUGCCCCCGCCGGGACCAAUGGCUCCUCCACCGGUGGGACCUCCUGGUACUAUGCCAACAGUAAGCUCAACAAGUGGACCAAACAUCCCACCACCCGGAAUGGGACCUCCGCCAAGUAUGAUGGGCAUGGGUCCACCUGGUAUGGCCCCCCCACCACCCCCUGGAAUGGGACCGCCAGGUAUGGGAAUGGGUCCGCCACCAAUGGGGCCUCCAGGCUUACCACCUCGAAUGCCUCCAGCAAUGAUGUCUAGUAUGAAAGGCAAUUUUAAUCAAACGAUGGAUAUAGGUCCACCUGGUAUGGGUCCACCCCCUAAUAUGGGGCCCCCUGGGAUGGGUCCAAAUAUGGGAUGGGAGGGUCAUCAGGGAUGGAGUAUGCAAGGAAGAGGAGAUGGCCCACCAGGCUGGGAUGACCAUGAUGAUGAUGCUGAAGAUAAUGAUGAAGAAAAUAGUGACAAUGGUCUAUCAGGAUCUUCGUUACCAUCCUUGUUAACUAUGAAAAUAGAUACUCCUGAAGAGUUUAGAAACAAGUUACCAGCGACAGUAGGGGGUGUAGUUCUGCCAAAAGCUCUUGAAGAGGCCUUGGCAUAUAAAGAUCAGAGGCAAGCUGCAUUAGGUGAACAAGCUGACAAAGAUACAGAAAUUGAAAAGGAACCUGAUGUACCUCCGGCACCAGUGAUCAGUGCUGAAUAUGAUGCUGAAGAAGAUGGAGCUUCAGAUGAAGAAAAUGUUCCCGAAGCACCUUUACCCCCAGUCAUAUCAAAACAGGAGGGUCAAGCCAAUAAAACCAAUAAGAAUAAACGCAAGAAAAAGAAGAAGAAGGCAGCCAAGCAGAAGCGAAAAGAGAACGAAAAUAAAGAAGUUGAUAUUACAGAAAAGGAAAGUAGUCAGAAAUCUAAUGAAAAAGAAAAUGAGAAAGAAGCUGAAAUUGAAUAUGUCCAAGAAAAUAUACAAUUCCAUGAAUUGGAGCCAAUGUAUCGACAAUUCCAUCGUAUUCUAGAGGCUUUUAAAAUCACAGAAAGGAAGGAAGAAAUAAAAGAGGAAUUUGGUAAAGAUGCUCCCAAACCAAGCAGCAAGGUACAAGAAAAGGUCACAGAUCAAUUUGCAGCUGAUGAGGAAGCCGUUGAGAAGCACGCAGCGGACGAAAAGGAUCGUCUGUCGAAACGCAAACUGAAGAAGUUGUCACGGCUCUCGGUGGCGGAGCUGAAGCAGCUGGUGGCGCGGCCCGACGUGGUGGAGAUGUACGAUGUGACUGCUCGCGAUCCUCGUCUGCUGGUGCAACUGAAAGCGCAUCGUAACACCGUACAAGUGCCCAGACAUUGGUGCUACAAGCGGAAGUAUUUACAAGGCAAGCGUGGUAUAGAGAAGCCUCCCUUUGACCUGCCUGACUUCAUCAAAAAGACGGGAAUUAUGGAGAUGCGAGCGUCGCUGCAGGACAAAGAGGAGACCAAGACACUGAAGGCCAAGAUGCGCGAGCGCACGCGACCCAAGCUCGGCAAGAUCGACAUUGACUACCAGAAACUUCACGAUGCAUUCUUCAAAUGGCAAACAAAACCCCGUAUGACUAUCCACGGUGAUUUGUAUUACGAGGGUAAGGAGUUCGAGACCCGGCUGCGGGAGAAGAAGCCAGGUGAUCUCUCCGAAGAGUUGCGGACUGCGCUCGGUAUGCCCGUCGGUCCAGGAUCACAUAAGGUGCCGCCCCCGUGGCUGAUCGCACAGCAGCGCUACGGGCCGCCGCCUUCGUACCCCAACCUGAAGAUCCCCGGACUCAAUGCGCCGAUACCCGAGGGCUGCGCCUUCGGCUACCACGCGGGCGGCUGGGGGAAGCCGCCCGUCGACGAGACAGGAAAGCCUCUUUAUGGAGACGUCUUCGGCCACCAAAGCCUUGGGCAGGAUGAUGCCGAGGAUCUUGAUAUCGAUAGAACAAUGUGGGGUGAACUGGAGUCUGAAUCUGAGGAGGAAUCUGAAGAAGAGGAGUCCGACGAGGGUGAGAAGGGCGGCGAGGCGGAGGUGUCGGCAGGCGUGGCCACGCCGGGCGAGGGGCUCGUCACGCCGCUCGGAAUCAGCUCCGUACCGCCAGGCGUUGAGACGCCCGACACCAUCGAGCUGCGCAAGAAGAAGCUGGACUCGGAUGUCGAGGGUGGUGACACUCCUGCUCUAUACCAAGUACUGCCGGAGCGACGCGUGGGGCUGACGGCCGGCAUGAUGGCCUCCACGCACGUGUACGAUAUCAACGCGGCUAACCCCGGCAAACGCGCGGCGGCGGGCGCGGCGGGCACGGGCGCCAGCAGCGAGGCGGGCGCGGGUGGCGUGGAGGUCACGCUGGACCCGUCCGAGCUGGAGCUGGAGCCCGAGGCCGUGGCUGCGCGCUACGAGCGCCACCUGCGCGAGCACCGCCCCAAGGGCCGCGAGGACCUGUCCGACAUGCUGGCCGACCACGUCGCCCGCCAGAAGAACAAACGAAAACGGCAGCAAAAUACAGAUUCCAAGCAAGCGAAGAAAUACAAAGAAUUCAAGUUCUAAUAAUAUUUUUCUUUAUUGUAAUAAUAAUAUUGUAAGUAUAAUGAUUGUGGUGUUUAUAGUCUGUCUAUGUCACCGGACCAUAAAUAAAUAUAAAAAUAUA